GCGCCGUUGAUAAGAACACGUUUACAUAUUUGGAUUAAGAUUGUCAAUCAACAGAGGUAUUUUUCCAUUUCUGCGGUACGAGACACUUAUAGAUAGGGACCAUUUGGUUUGACAAUUUAGUUGCACUUAGGUCAGCAAAGUCGAAAGUCGCAAAAGGAUUCCUAGUGAACCCGCGAGAGAACCUUAUAGAAGCCAUAUAGAAGGUCGCUCUUAUCGACACAAUUUACAAAAUUAUCAACUGUUCUUAUUCAGGUAUUUUUUCGUACCUGGCGCAUGCAACGCUCAGGGACCAUUUGGUUUGGGAAUUUAGUUGCAUUCGUGUCACCAAAGUCGAAAGUCACAAAAGGAUCCUUAUUGAACCUCGAUAGAACCUUCUAGAAGUCAUACAGAAGAACAGAUUUCUAAAAGCUUCAAUUAAACAAAUCAAACUCCUAUCAUGACUGUCGGUCUCAGAACGAUGGGGUUAACGAAGAUAACCCGAACUCUUCGUCGUCGUCUAAAUGAACGAAAUGUUAGUGACAGACUCCUCGCCGAUAUUGAAGAACAGAAGAGAAGAAUACCACUGGAUAUCGAUACCAACAUGCUCAAAAUUGGGUUCCUAGGUGGUGGAAAAAUGGCACAGGCCCUUGCCAAUGGUUUCAUAAAUGCUGGUUUGAGUAAAGGAGAAAUGAUGAUUGCGAGUUGUCUUCCAAGUGACUCAGGAAGCAUCGACGCCUUCACAGAUAUGGGAUCGACGACAGUAUUUUCAAAUAAAACUGUAGCAGAUCAGGGAGAUGUCCUGAUUUUAUCAGUAAAACCUCAAGUAGUCCCAAAAGUUCUUCCUGAAUUGAAAUCCAAUAAAAAAUUGGUUCUUUCGAUUGCAAUGGGCAUCAACAUAAAUACCCUAGAAAAAGGCCUUCCAGAAGGUACCCCUGUAAUUAGGGUAAUGCCCAAUACCCCAGCUUUAGUAGGUUGUGGGGCUACCGUUUAUUCUCGAGGAACGAAUGCCAGCGAAAAAGACGCUCAACUGACUGAAAAAUUAUUUUCUGCUGUGGGUCUUUGCGAAGAGGUUCCCGAAAAUAUGAUUGAUCCUGUGACUGCUUUGGCUGGAUCAGGACCUGCAUAUAUUUACAUGGUUAUUGAAGCUUUGGCUGACGGUGCUGUAAAAAUGGGCAUGAUGAGGCCACUUGCUUACAAAUUAGCAGCGCAAACUGUACUUGGAGCGGGAAUGAUGGUACGAGAAACGAAUUCUCAUCCCGGUCAACUCAAAGACGAUGUUACGUCACCUGCAGGAUCAACAAUCACAGCCCUUCACUAUCUCGAGAAACACGGUUUAAGGGCCGCAUUAAUAGGUGCCGUCGAAAAAGCAACAUUACGUUGUAGAGAAGUAAGUUCGCAGUCUGAAAAUAAAUGAAGCCAUUUAUUUUCAUCGGAUGAAAAAUUUUAAGCUCUUCGAAAAUUCUAGAGUGGAUAACAAUCCACCUGAAAGGGAGAGCGAAGAGAGAAGAAAAAAGAGAAAGGAGCAGCAAAAAAAGAAACAUUUGUAUGAUGCAAAUGAUAAAUUUCUUUUAUUAUUACUUUCUGCGCGCAUCUGCACUAAAACCUUAUUAUUUUAUAACAAUAAAAUGCGGAAAAUGCAGCUGCUCGUCGAAAAAAAAAUGUACAGAGAGCUUUUUGUGAAUAAGGAUGGCGAUUCGGCGGACGAAUUCAAAUUUCCGGUUUUUUCCAGGUCUAGUUUUUCAAUUUUCCAGGUCAAUUAAAAGUAAAAUAUUCAUGUUUUAAGCAAAACUUCAAA